GAAGAAGAUGACAACGGAUGUCGAACUUUUUUAGCUUUCCCAUGGUGUUUACCACGCUCCAUGAGCAGCUCUCACAGGAAAGAACGUGACCCCCCGCCUCCGACUCUGGAUCUCGUUCUGUAUCCACUGUGAGGGGCUCCUGUCAGCCGCCGUUGUAAAGAUUAAAAUGCCUAAGAAAAGCAACACAAAGAAUGUAAAGAGACGGAACAGUGAUGAGGACCAUCUCCCUCCUAAACAGAGCAGGGUAAAGCACAGCAAUGUUCCAUCCCCUCUGUGUUUCCAUAGCCCGGUCAGCCUGUUCGAGAGCCUCAUCCACCCAAUGGGGACAGAACAGUUCUUCAGGGACUACUGGGAGAAGAAACCCCUCCAUCUGAAGAGGUCUGAUCCCAGCACAGCCUCCUACUACCAGUCUUUGUUCCAGCUGUCCGACCUGCUGAGCCUGUGUUCUCAAGGUCUGGAAUACUACAGGGAUAUCAAUGUUGUUCGCUGCAUCAACGGCAAGAAAAAAGUGCUGAACAAAGAGGGGCAAGUUAAGAAAAGUGUUCUCAGUAAGAACUUGGUUCAGAAUAAGGCCACCAUCCAGUUCCACCAGCCGCAGAGGUUCAAGGAUGAACUGUGGAGGAUCCAAGAGAAGCUGGAGUGUUUCUUUGGAGCCUUGGUGGGGUCUAACAUCUACAUCACACCUCAGGAGUCCCAGGGCCUUCCUGCUCACUAUGACGAUGUUGAGGUGUUUAUUCUGCAGCUGGAGGGACAGAAACAUUGGCUUCUCUACAGUCCUACUGUUCCUCUGGCAGCAGAGUACAGCGUGGAGUCAGAGGACAGGAUCGGCAGCCCAACCCAUGAUAUUACACUGAAGGCAGGAGAUCUUCUGUACUUCCCCAGAGGAACCAUCCAUCAGGCGAAAACUCCGCCAGAAGAAGACCACUCCACUCACUUGACUCUCAGCACCUACCAAAAAAUGUCAUGGGGAGAUCUUCUUUUGGACAUAUUUCCCAGUUUGCUGUGUGACAAGAGCAGGACCCAGCUCAGCCUGAGAGAGGGCAUGCCCAGAAGACUCUUACUGGGUAGCAGCGAAGGCCUGGACACCAGCAGGCGGCUGGCGGCUGGCCUCAGAUCUCUGGCUGAUGAAAUGUUAACAGGGAUGCCGGAAGUCCGCUCCACUCACAUGAAGAGAGACUUCAUCAUGAACAGACUACCACCAUACAGCCAGGAGAAGCUGCUUACCCCACCUGGGAAGAUGCCUGCCUUGGAGGAUACGGUGUGUUUGAGGUUUAAAGACCAUAUUGUAAUAACUGUGGAGCCCAGCCGAGAGAUAACAGAUGAGGCAGCAGUGAUGGUAGUUUUUGUCUUACAUUCUUUGAGGAACCAGAGGGAGAGCCACAUGAUGGGUGAAAAUUGUGAUGAAGAUGUGGACAUCUCCAGGGGUCUGCAGUUCCCUCUUUCCCACCUCCAGGCCCUGCGACAGCUCCAACAGGUAGAGCAGCUGCCUGUGACCCAGCUUCAGCUCCACACACAGGAAGACAAAUUAAAUCUUGUCCUGGCUCUCUGGAGUGAGAGCCUGCUGGUUGUGCUAUAGAACAUCACUACAUGAAAAUAUAGAAGUAUUAAAGCCACAUCUGUUGA